GCAGCGCGGAGCUUCCGGUUUCCGGCAAGAGGGCCAGAGUGAGUGUUUACACCGGCGGCUCUCUGCGGCCGGGUUCCUUCCGCGGGACGGGGAGAAAGAGAGAGCGCGAAAGAGAGAGGAUGUCUCUCUCAGACUGGCAUCUGGCAGUGAAGCUGGCUGACCAGCCACUCGCCCCCAAAUCAAUUCUUCAAUUGCCAGAGACAGAACUGGGAGAAUAUUCGCUCGGGGCCUAUAGCAUUUCAUUUCUAAAGCAGCUUAUUGCUGGCAAGCUCCAGGAGUCUGUUCCAGACCCGGAGCUGAUUGAUCUGAUCUACUGCGGUCGGAAGCUAAAAGAUGACCAGACCCUUGACUUCUAUGGUAUUCAGCCUGGGUCCACAGUCCAUGUUCUCCGCAAAUCUUGGCCCGAGCCUGAUCAGAAACCUGAACCUGUGGACAAAGUGGCUGCCCUGAGGGAGUUCCGGGUGCUGCACAGUGCCCUGCAGAGCAGCUCCUCCUACAGAGAGGCGGUCUUUAAGAUGCUCAGCAAUAAAGAGUCUCUGGAUCAGAUCAUUGUGGCCACUCCAGGCCUCAGCAGUGAUCCCAUUGCUCUAGGGGUUCUCCAGGACAAGGACCUCUUCUCCGUCUUUGCUGAUCCCAACAUGCUGGAUACAUUGGUGCCUGCUCACCCAGCCCUGGUCAAUGCCAUCAUCCUGGUUCUGCACUCGGUAGCAGGCAGCACCUCAAUGCCAGGAGCUGACUCCUCUUCCCGAAGCAUGCCCUCCAGCUCGUACCGAGAUAUGCCAGGUGGCUUCCUGUUUGACGGGCUCUCGGAUGAUGAGGACGACUUUCACCCAAGCACCCGGUCUACGCCCUCUAGCAGUACACCCAGCUCCCGCCCGGCCUCCCUGGGGUACAGUGGAGCUGCUGGGCCCCGCCCCAUCACCCAGAGUGAGCUGGCCACUGCCCUGGCCCUGGCCAGUACUCCAGAGAGCAGCUCUCACACACCAACUCCUGGCACCCAGGGCCAUUCUUCAGGCACCUCGCCAAUGUCCUCUGGUGUCCAGUCAGGAACGCCCAUCACCAAUGAUCUUUUUAGUCAAGCCCUCCAGCAUGCCCUGCAGGCCUCUGGGCAGCCCAGCCUUCAGAGCCAGUGGCAGCCUCAGCUGCAGCAGUUGCGUGACAUGGGCAUCCAGGAUGACGAACUGAGCCUUCGUGCCCUUCAGGCCACUGGAGGGGAUAUCCAAGCAGCCCUGGAGCUGAUCUUUGCUGGAGGAGCCCCAUAAACUUCUAGUACCCGAGUGCCUAGCAAGUUGCAGAGGCGAUUCCUAGAAGGAGACACUUGUGAAGUUGUCUCCAGCUCCCCCCACCCUCCCAAUAUACCUGAUGGUCUACUCA